CAUAUUGUUUGCUUUCGGAUUAGUCCGACAGGUCCGGCUCCAGAAGGCUACGUCACACACGAGGUGACGCGAAGCGGAAAACGUGAGCGGCGUUGUUGCUCUAAAGAGAGGCGGACUUGAGGAUUGGUAGUGGCAGUGCUCGGGUGACCCGGCCGCCGGAGCCCGGGACCUUGCACCUGUCGCUCUGUAGCUACUCGUCUUCCCCAGUCCUCGGGUGCCGAUGGCGGCCGCCGUGCUGACGGACCCGGCGCAGGUUCUCCGACCUCAGAAGUAAUUAUGGGGUUUAUACCGGUGAGACAGGAUGUCCAGUCUCUUGUCGAUUCCAGCUUCACCCUCACCCAUCAGGGUUCCAGGAUUGUGAUGUCAUAGAACACUUUACCUCAUACUCUCCCAGCUCUUGAGUCCGAAGACCCUUGAGAAACACCAAGUUAAGAGUUUUCUCAGUCCAGUCCAGGGGUUAUAUGGCAGGGCUCUGACUCCUGGUGACCAUUGGAAUAAGGUGUGGCAGUUUUUUCAGGCACAGGAACCAGCAUACCUGAUGCAGCUUUCAAAGAACUGGCUGGAAGGAGGUGGGUGGGAGUGCUGUGCCCCAUGCCAGGCCCAGAGUUUAGACAGGUCUUUCUGCGCCAACUGCCUGUUGUUGCUGUGGGUGGACACAGUGAUCAACGGGACCCUGAGGAGAGAGCAGACAUACAUGGCACCUGGUGCUGGUGUUUCCUCUGAGUUGAGGAGCUGGGGAAAUGUGACCUUUGAGGAUGUGUUCGUGUCCUUCUCCCAGGAGGAGUGGGGGCUCCUUGAUGAGGCUCAGAGGCUCCUGUACCGCGAAGUGAUGCUGGAGAACUUUGCACUGAUGGCCUCACUGGGAUACACAUCUUCUGUGUCCCAUGGGGUUUCCCCACAGGAGCUGGGCAGGGAGCCCUGGGUCUCUGACCAGGCUGACACGACUCCAGCCCUGACCAGAGAGGCUCAGAGUGCAGGUGCCGCUGGUUGUUGGCAUGGAAUGGAGGAGGCUGAGAUCCGUUUUGAGCAGAGCAUUUCUGUAAAAAGAGUGUCUCAGGGCAUGAUUCCUAAGACGAUUCCAUCUUCCCAGAAGGCCCACCCCUGUGAGACAUGUGGCCCGAUCUUGAGAGAUGUUCUCCACAUGGCUAAGCAUCAGGAAACAUAUCCUGGGCAGAAACCAUACCUGUGUGUGGCGUGUGGGAAACAGCUGUGGUUCAGUGCAAACUUCACCCUCCACAGUCAGCACAAUGGAGAGAGACCCCGCAGAAGGGAUAUGCACAGGGCCCUUCUUGUGAGCAGCUGCCCUGUCCAGUUGUCGGAGACACCGUUUACCAUGGGGGAGGGUUGUGAGGAUUUCCCAACCAGCUCAAGCGUGUUUCAGCACCAUUACCCUCUUAGCAAGUGGAAGCCACAAAGUGACACCCAGUGUGCAGAGGUGUUUCACAGUGGACAAAAGCAUUAUGAGUGCAGCGAAUGUGGGAAGGCCUUCAGCCGCAAAGACUCACUUGUUCAGCACCAGAGAGUCCACACUGGAGAGAGGCCUUACAAGUGCAGCGAAUGUGGGAAAACCUUUAGCCGCAAACCCAUUCUCGCGCAGCACCAGAGGAUCCACACUGGAGAGAUGCCUUACGAGUGUGGCAUAUGUGGGAAAGUUUUUAAUCAUAGCUCUAAUCUCAUUGUACACCAGAGAGUCCACACUGGAGCACGGCCUUACAAGUGCAGCGAAUGUGGGAAAGCCUACAGUCACAAAUCCACACUUGUUCAGCAUGAGAGUAUCCACACUGGAGAAAGGCCUUAUGAGUGCAGCGAAUGUGGGAAAUACUUUGGCCACAAAUACAGACUCAUUAAACACUGGAGUGUUCAUACUGGGGCACGGCCAUAUGAGUGCAUUGCAUGUGGGAAGUUUUUCAGCCAAAGCUCCGAUCUUAUUGCCCACCAGAGAGUUCACAAUGGUGAGAAGCCGUAUGUGUGCAGUGAGUGUGGAAAAGCCUUUAGCCACAAACAUGUGCUUAUCCAGCACCUUAGAAUCCACACUGGAGAAAGGCCGUAUAAAUGCAGUGAGUGUGGGAAAGCCUUUAGGCAAAGGGCUUCCCUCAUCAGACAUUGGAAGGUUCACGCUGGAGAAAGGUCUUAGGAGAGCAGGGAAUACUCCGUCUUAUUCAACAUAGUGGGUGACACCAGAGAGAGGCUCCGAGAGGAGCCUUCGUGAGUAGCCAUAAGCUGGAAGAUGAGCCUCUUGUUUGAACUCCCACCCUGAGGAGAUUCUUCUGUGUGCCAGCUCUGUGGGAAGCGUUCUGGGGCAGUAUUGCACUUUGUAACAUGCCUUGGCCACUGUGAAAGGCCUCUGCAUGCUUGCCAGAAGUGUGUCAUUGCCAGCGUCUGAAAGAAGCCAUACAUCUGUGCAACAGCAGGGCCCCACACUGUGCGUAUGUCACCCCAGAUGCUUUGAUGGGCAAGAUCUCUUCUCUUCCUGUCUUCCCUAGAGGGCACCAUCGGUAGUCUGACCCUAUUGAUGAUCCUCAUUCCUUCCUGCUCCCUACUGGUGGAAGCAUGGGUGUGACCCAGUUUGGGUCAGAAGAAUGCAAGCUUGGUUCUGCUGGUUGCCCACAGAGAUGUCCAUUUUUCAGACUGUGUUGUUCUCUUGUGACCCCUGUGAUGAGUUUGACCAGCCCCCGAGUCACCUGACCUGGAAACUGUCUGCCUCAUAUUGUUCUGGUUUUGCAACACAUGCCUUAGUUUCGAAGCUAUCUUUACUCCUGGGAAUUUUGUUCACUCUGUGGGUUGAGUUGAGAACAGAAUUGGGCUUGCCAGCCUGCAAGAAUGAACAACUUGUGCGAGAGCGCCAACUAUUGAGUCUCAGUGGUAUUUGCAGAAUGGUGAAGAAAGAACAGCUCUUAUUCUAGUUUCAGCCUAAUUUACAUCGCUGCUCAAGGCCUCCUGGGAAAGAAUACCAGGCUUUGCAGGCUAAUUGUGUGUCCUGUAUGCUGAGAUGAUUUGUGUGACCAAGGUCUUCUUGAGCAAGUUGUCAAGGUCUUGACAACCUCUGAUGUAUGUGGGAGCAGCAUGAAUUGGAUCCCUUGUUCCCAGGGAAUGUUUCAGAAUUUGAUUCCCUGGGACCUGCCGGCAUCCCUGACAUCUAUUAUUUGGUAAGCUAUUAUUUGGUAGGCAGAUGUCACUGUCACCUACAAGGACCAGUUAGGAAUCAUAAUUGAUACAGAGACACUGAUUAAUAGGAAGUUGGGAGACCAUAGCCAAUUACAGGGAAUGUAACUCUUUUAAAGGUGUAUCCACAAACCUGUCCAUCACUGUGACUUUGGUAUGAGGGUUUAUGGAAAUUCUCAGGACUCUCAUAUUUGUGUCUCAUGAUCUUACGGCGAUGGUUACUGUCUAAAAUACAAUGAAAAUAUUCUGCAAUUA